AUUGCACUUACAGUUCAAGGGACAAUGGUUGAGAUGGCCAGAAAACCUGCCUACAAGCAGCCGCGGUCGAAUAAACUUUCUUCUUUUUCUAAAGAACCAAUUCAGUUACGGAGUGGAAUUGAUGACUUUCGUUUCGUUCACCUAACAACGACCUACUGUGUUUAACACACACGAGAUUAUUUAAUUGGAAUUAACUUCGCCUAUCAACACAAGAAAUCAAAUCAAUGGAAUAAAUAUGGGAGCUGCACUUCUGCACACCUUUGAGCAGCAGUAUGAUGCAGACACUGAGACAACACUACCAGAGCUCACUGAGCAGCACAGGAUCAGACUGAAAGAAGAGUAACUCAGUGGACUGGAGUCUGUGCACAUGGCAGAGUCAGAGACUGAGUGUACUACACCAGGACUCAACACACUGGAGCCAGAGUGUGUUACAGCACACAGUGGGGUCAGUGCUGUACACCACACUGACUCACCAUUGAUAAAAACAGAACCUGAUCUGGGUCUCACCAACACUGGGGAUCUUAUUAAGACAGAGAGCCUAGACUUUACAGAGCUGGCAUAUAGAAUCCAUCUGCACCCUGACCAAAUCAAAACAGAAACUUAUCCGGGUCACACACACACUGGGGAUCUUAUUAAGACAGAGAACCUAGACUUCACAGAGCUGGCAUAUAGAAUCCAUCUGCAUUCUGACCAAAUGAAAACAGAGACUGAUGAUGGAGGCUACAUUAAGGCCGAACACAUCAGUGUCUUGCAGGACAUUAAAUGUGAUGAUUUUACAUCUGAUGAAGUGAAGCUUGAAUCCAGUGAAAUGUUAGUGAGUGAUCUCAUGAACACUGUGCUUAAUGGAGCUGGUGUUGUUCACAAAGACCAGACUGAACCAUGGCAGUGUGCAGGAGAGCCAAAUCCACACUGCAGGAAACCAGGGAAAGAACAGGACCGUUCCACCCAGCAUGUGAGAUGCCUUAAUGAGUCAUCAGAGUUAAUCCAAGACAAGGGAAGCCAUACUGGUGAAAAGCCCCACCAAUGCUCUCAGUGUGGGAAGUGUUUUCCUCAUAAAUCUAAUUUAAACAAACAUCUGAGAAUUCAUAGAGGUGAAAAAUCUUACAAAACUAAUCGGUGUGGGAAGGGUUUUAAACAGAAAUCGCAUGUAAUCAGAGACAAGAAAAAUCAUACAGAUGGAAAGCCCUACAAAUGUGAUCAGUGUGGGAAGUGUUUUAAACAGAAAUCAUAUUUAUUCAAACACAAGAAAAUUCAUACAGGUGGAAAGCCCUACAAAUGUGAUCAGUGUGGGAAAUGCUUCUUAAGGAAAGCUGCUUUAACCAAACAUCAGAGAAUUCAUUCAGGUGAAAAGCCCUAUAAAUGUCAUCUGUGUGAGAAGUUUUUUACUCAUAAAUGGUAUAUAAAUAUCCACCAGAGAAUUCAUUCAGGUGAAAAGCCCUAUAAAUGUCAUCUGUGUGAGAAGUCUUUUGUUCAUAAAUGUUAUUUAAAUAUCCACCAGAGAAUUCAUACAGGAGAAACGCCCUACAAAUGUGAUCAGUGUGGGAAGUAUUUUUCCGCGAAGGCCGUUUUGAAGAUUCAUCAGAGAAUUCAUACAGGUGAAAAGCCCUACAAAUGUGAUCAGUGUGGGAAGUGUUUUAAACAGAAAUCAUGUUUAAUCAAACACAAGAAAAUUCAUACAGGUGGAAAGCCCUACAAAUGUGAUCAGUGUGGGAAGUAUUUUUCAGCGAAGGCCGUUUUGGAGGUUCAUCAGAGAAUUCAUACAGGUGAAAAGCCCUACAAAUGUGAUCAGUGUGGGAAAUGCUUCUUAAGGAAAGCUGCUUUAACCAAACAUCAGAGAAUUCAUUCAGGUGAAAAGCCCUAUAAAUGUCAUCUGUGUGAGAAGUUUUUUACUCAUAAAUGGUAUAUAAAUAUCCACCAGAAAAUUCAUACAGGUGAAAAGCCCUACAAAUGUGAUCAGUGUGGGAAGUAUUUUUCAGCGAAGGACGCUUUGAAGGUCCAUCAGAGAAUUCAUACAGGUGAAAAGCCCAACAAAUGUGAUCAGUGUGGGAAGUGUUUUAAACAGAAAUCAUAUUUAAUCAAACACAAGAAAAUUCAUACAGAUGAAAAGCCCUACAAAUGUAAUCAGUGUGGGAAGUACUUCUUAAGGAAAUCUGCUUUAACCAAUCAUCAGAUAACUCAUUCAGGUGAAAAGCCCUACAAAUGUCAUCUGUGUGAGAAGUCUUUUGUUCAGAAAGGAUAUUUAAAUAACCACCAGAGAAUUCAUACACGGGAAAAGCCCAACGUGUACUCUGUGUAGGAAGUGUUUUAGCACAACAUCUGUUUUACAGAGACACCUGAUAAUUCAUUCAGGUGAAAAGCCAUACAAAUGCAAUCAGUGUGGGAAGUGUUUUCCUCAGAAAUUUAGUUUAACCAAACAUCAGAGAAUCCAUACUGGU